AUGUGGCGGUUCGUGAUUGCGAGCCUCGUGGCCGGGGCGGUUGCGCUCGCUGCUGCGGCGGCGAGCGGUCGUGCUUCGCUGAUAGGGACGUUGCCGGCUGCGGCGAUGUUGCGGGGCGUGCUUCCGCAGAAACUGCUGGAUGCAGCUGACCAGUACAUACAGAGCUUGUCGCGCCCGCCGGGAGAUCUCCCCGAAGACAGCGACGCGCCGACGCUCAUGGAGGGUUCCAUUCAUGCGGCCGGCCCCGAGCAGGCCGAGGGGGCCUGUGGGCUCAAGGGCGAGGUGCACGAGCAUUGCGGCUGCACGUACGAGGAAGUUGACCGGCUCAACCGCGCAGUCAUCCAUCCAAUCCUCGCGGAACUGACAUCCACGCCCUUCUUCCGGUACUUCAAGGUCAACCUCGUGUGUGACUGCCCCUUCUGGCCCGAAGACGGCAUGUGUUCGGCGCCAGACUGCUCGGUGUGUACGUGCCCGGAAGACGAAGUGCCGAAGCCGUGGCGCACCCCGGCGCUCGGGACGCAAGACCCUUCGUGCGAGGCCGCCACCUCGGGCCACGGCGACGCGGAGGGCCAGGUCGACCUCGGUCUCGGCGGCGUCGGCCCCCUGCAAGGCACCACCUUUGGCGGGAGCGACAACCCAUGGCUCGCGCCGCGCGACAUGUACGGCCGGGAGGAGGACUACGAGUACGUCGACCUGCUCGUCAACCCCGAGCGGUACACGGGGUACAAGGGCGCGCACUCGCACCGCAUCUGGCGAGCGCUGUACUCUCAAAGUUGCUUCAGCGGCAUCACAGAGGAGGGGCUGUUCGGGGACGAGGGCGGCGGGACGUGCAGCGUGCAGGCCGUCUUCUUCAAGCUGCUCUCCGGCAUGCACGCGUCGAUCACGUCGCACAUCGCGGCGAACCACCUCCUCGAGCGCCGCACUGCGCGAAACGGGACCACGGAGGACGUCUGGGGGCCCAACACCGACGUGUUCCUCGACCGCCUCGCGCGCCCGGGCCGCAGGCACCGGAUCGAGAAUCUGUACUUCACGUUCUUGGUGGUGCUGCGCGCGGUGACGAAGGCGGCGCCGGCGCUGCUAGGCCACGACUACACGGUGGGCGAUCCCGCAGUCGACGCGCGCACGCGGGAGCUCGUGGCUUCGCUGGUCGGGAACCAGGAGCUGCAGGCCUCGUGCCCGCUGCCGUUCGACGAGGGGGCGCUGUGGACGUCCGGGGACGCGUGGGCGGCGGCGGGCGACGGCGGCGACGGCGAGCGCGUGGAGGUCUUCCAGCAGCUGCAGGGGUCGUUCCGCAACAUGACGCUGGUGAUGAACUGCGUGGGCUGCGAGAAGUGCAAGCUGUGGGGCAAGCUGCAGAUCCUCGGGAUGGCGUCGGCGCUCAAGGUCGUCAUGGCGGAGGCCAGCGUCGCGGCCGGACAGGCUCCGAUGGACGUGGCGCUGGAGAGGAACGAGGUGAUCGCGCUGGUCAACUUCCUCGCGCGGCUGUCGACGUCGCUGGAGACGGCGCGCAAGAUGGGGCAGCUGGCGCUGGCACUGGAUGGGCAGGGGGCGGGGGCGUGGGACCAGGUGCCGGACACGAGCUCGGCGGACGACGAGGGCCCCGAGCUGCCGCGGACAGGCGGCGUCCCGGGCUGGAACGACCUGUUCUGA